CAUCACUUCCUGAAAAUACUGCAGUGACUGAUCUGGAUCCUUCAAUAUAUAAACUAUUUACACUUUCCCUAUGAACAACCACAAAAAAAUCGUGAAGGAAGUAGCAAGUCGCACAUCAUGACGUUAUUGCAGAAGCUUAUCAUGCUUCUACCAGAGAACUUCACAAGGACAUUCCACAACUAUCGCAAACUUCAUAAUCUCGACAUCGAAUCCACAUAUCCUGCCUUCGAGAAAACCACGUUGCAGCAUCAGGAAGACAUGGCAGCCCAGAUGAACAACCUGCAGCAAUUCCCAAACAUCACAUACCACACAACGCCGACACGAGACUUUGAUCGUUCAGAAUGCAGAGCUUGGAUUUUCGAGUUUCUGCAUCACGGCCUUGAGCUCUCUCAAAUCGAUGCUGCGCGCAAAGCGAUGCGGUGGAUGUAUACAGGGGAUCGACUCUUCACAUACAGCGAGCAGCAGAUGAUCGAUGUUUUUGGGCUUAUCGUUGGGGGAGGCUUGUGGUCACGAAUGCAAACCGAGAGAUUAACUGAGAGGUUUUUAGAAUAUGCGGAAACGGUCGAGAAAAUCAAGCGAAACACAACCACGAUACGAGAUAACGUCAACCCGAAGACACAAACACAAAUGAUUCUUGCUGAAUUGUUUGUUAUCGCACUAUUCAUGACAUCUGUCAUGAUAAGUGUCGGUUUAGCAAGGUACCAAGCAAAGCAUCCGGGAGAAUGGAAUGAUCAAUGGUGGCUCCUAGUGUUCCUAGUCUUCGGUGCUUUCCUUCUCGCCUACUUCCUGUCCGCGGGACCAGAAUCAUCUCCACUCGCUAUAAUCGUAUCCGGCACCUAGGAGAGCACCAUUGAGUGUCGUAUUUUCUGGUUCAUCGGAGGCAAUGAAGCAUUCACUUGUGUCUCAUACAAUGGAGAGGGGUUGAAAGGUGGAAAUGAAGCAAGUCAUGCAACGACUUUUAGUAUUCGCGUAUUAGGUUUUUUUAAU